CACGUCUGCAAUUCAACAGUUUCAUGUGUGCAUCAACUGAGCAGCUUGCCAAUGUGCAAAAUGAGAAGGAAUCUUCUGCAAGAAUAUAGGAAGAUACACCGCGAUGGACAGAUACAUUGAAAAGAAACACCGGUCUGAGUAUGGACUACGGAGUUGUCAGAUGCAAAUGUCGCCUGCCACGUCAGCAGCGCCACGUCACAGUGCCAGAUCAGCAGUGCCACGUCAGCAGUGCCACAUCACAGUGCCAGGUCACAGUGCCACGUCAGCAGUGCCACGUCACAGUGCCAGAUCAGCAGUGCCACAUCAGCAGUGCCAGGUCACAGUGCCACGUCAGACUCAGUGCCACAUCAGCAGUGACGUCAGACAGUGCCACGUAAGCAGUGCCACAUCAGCAGUGCCACGUCAGACACUGCCACGUAAGCAGUGCCACGUAAGCAGUGCCACAUCAGCAGUGCCACGUAAGACACAGUGCCACGUCGGACUAAAUGCCACGUCAGCAGUGCCACAUCAGCAACAUGGCCUGCCAGGCCAACUGGCCAAUGAGCCCAUUGCCGACUACAAAAAGCGUGUCCAUGCUCAGCUCGCUGCAAUCGAGGCUGAGGAACAACGCCAGCUGGCAGUCAAGGCUGCCCAGCGACAAGCUGAUGAAGCGGCAACAGCAGAGAAGCUGCGGCUACAGGCCGAAGCAGACGCAGAUGCCCAGGCUCGCCGCAAGGAAGCCCAGGCUCUGCUGCAGCGGCAUGAAGCCAGCAGCAUCGAGAAACUCAAGUACUGGCAUUUUGAACCAAACGGCGACGAGCCAACACCGGAAGAACAGCAUAAGGAGUUCACGGCCAAGCUCGUGAGCAGGUUGGUUUACACAUGUAACCACCUACAGUCCGAGCUGGCAAACCUCCAGCGGGCCGUGCGGAACCAAAAGACUCAACACGAGGAUGCCACAYGGGCACUGGACGCYCGUGUACAUGACUUGGAACAAGUUCCACCAAGACAAGAUGCUGGAGCUUCCAGCAGUGCAUCCUCUAGCCGCCAACUGGAGGAACGCGUUGACCACGUAGUGGCAAUGCUUGGCGACAUCAGCACCUUUGCUGCGCCAACCACCGUCAGCAGUCAGCUGCAUACCUUGAAGACCGAGUUCCAGCAACCGCAGUCGACGAACGCGGAUGAUAAUCCGAAGAUGUACAAGAUGCCAACUUUCCAACUGGACAAGUUCAACGACUACACACAGCAGGAUCCGGUCCUCUGGUGGGAGGCAUUCACAACGCAACUCAGGAUUCUGCUUGUCACCAAGCAUGCGUACAUCGGCACCCUGUUCCUGAACUCAAGCAGGAUGCCAGACCUGGUUGAGCCACCUGGCAACCUCUCAUGGCUACCAGCUCCGUUGAUGGACGCCGGAGCAGAGGUUGUCGACCUUCACGCUUACAUCGCGAAGAUCGAACGUGAGUUCAAGACGCAACGGUACGACGACAUCGAUGCACCAUUGCUAUACAUACGCAUUCAGAUCGGAGAGGCGACCUGCAGUGCGUUGAUCGAUUGCAGAGCGUCUCGCAACUACAUCAGCCAGGACUUCAUGGUGCGCGUCGGCCUUGGCCCACGCGUCCGGAGGAAGUCCCAGCCUACGCAAGUCACGUUGGCGGACGGUCACACGCACAAGUCAGUCGACCGGUGCAUUGACAACGUCCCAGUGUACUUUGCCCCUCACGCAAGUGAGGCGGUGUCCUUUGACAUUCUGGACACCAAAUUUGACAUGAUCUUGGGCAUGUCAUGGCUGCGAAGCGAGGAUCACCCGGUGAACUUCUUCCACCGCACAGUUCACAUUCAUGAUCGGAACGGAGUACUAGUUCCAUGCACGGUGCCUCUUCCUCAUCCUUCGAUCAGCUGCCACGUGGUAUCCGCCGCAAGCAUGCGAGCUUCCAUCAUCAGAGACGGCAUCGAGGAGAUGGGGGUGUGUUUUCUCCACACCCUCCCACCCCAUGACGCUUCAUUGACGGACUCACCUUCGGAUCCACGCAUCACCGAACUUCUCGACGCCUACAGCGACGUGUUCGAAGGCCCGCACGGAGUAGUACCGGAUCGACCCAUCCGUCACGAGAUCAUCCUCGAGGACGGGGCCGUACCUCCGCGCGGUUGCAUCUACCGAAUGAGCGAGGAAGAGUUAAGUGUGCUCCGCGCACAACUCGACGACCUUCUAGAGAAAGGCUGGAUUCGGCCUAGCUCAUCGCCAUACGGUGCUCCUGUUCUCUUCGUCCGGAAGAAGAACAAGGACCUGCGGUUGUGCAUCGAUUAUCGCAAGCUCAACGCGCAGAUGAUCAGGAACGCCGGCCCUCUCCCACGCAUCGGCGGCGCCCAAUUCUUCUCUAAGAUGGAUCUCAAGUCAGGGUACCACCAACUCGAGAUUCGCAAGGAGGAUCGCUACAAGACCGCGUUCAAGACACGGUAUGGGCAUUUCGAAUGGCUGGUCAUGCCGUUUGGCCUUACGAAUGCCCCAGCCACUUUCCAAGCGGCUAUGACAACGGAGUUCCGACACAUGCUGGAUCGGUUUGUACUCAUCUACCUCGACAACAUCUUGGUGUAUAGUCGGAGUUUGGACGAGCAUGUGGAGCACUUGCGCACCGUUUUGGAGCGGCUACGACAAGCCAAGUACAAAGCAAACCGCGACACAUGCGAGUUCGCACAGCAGGWGCUGGAGUACUUGGGACACUAUGUGACGCCGCAAGGCAUCCGUCCGCUCGCGGACAAGAUCGAGGCCCUACGAGUAUGGCCCAAGCCCACCAACACCACGGACGUUCGUUCAUUCAUGGGAUUGGCAGGCUAUAUUAUCAGCGAUUCAUCAUCGGAUACUCCAGGAUUGCUGCACCUAUGACGAGGUUACAUCGCCAAAGGUGCAUUCGUAUUCGAUGACGACGCACGCCGGUCAUUCCAAGCACUUAAGACGGCU